AUGAGCGGCCGCACCUUGACGGUUAUGAGCAUAGUGCCGCGUUCUUUGAUGGGUGAAGAGGAUCGUAUUGCGAAAGCUUUCUACAGCUGUGUACCGGCGGGCGCUGCGGAGAGAGUGUUCGCGAGUCCUUCCAUCGUGGCGGCCGUCGGUGUGUGGAGGUUGGAGGAUGAAGUUGGAGACAGCUUCAGCUCCAAAGUUGACGUUGGUGGCCCAAGCUCCCUCGUCACGUUAACUUUGGAGCUAGAGCGGAAGUACCCGCCAGAUCUUCUGCCUGAGGCUACGUAUAAUAUUUCUGCGACAUUCUUAGCACGGAGAUCAAACACAAUGGAGAACGAGAACGCGCCGCGACUCUACGUCGGCAACUUGCCGUACGUGGCGCAGAAAGCCGAGAUCGAGCAGCUGUUUGCGGACAACAAUGUCGAGAUCAGGAGCAUCGACAUGUCCAUCGACCCCUUCAAUGGCCGGAACCCCUCGUACUUCUUCGUCGACUUCCACACGCAGGACCAAGCCAACCGAGCCAUGGAGACCAUGCAGGGCAAGCCGGAAGUACCCACCCCGGACCCGAAGAACCCACAGAACGCGUAUGUGUACGACCGCUGGUCCCGGGACGAUGCUCCAAGUCGAUGGACCGCUCCUUCAGACGAAGGCCGAAGAUUGUGGGUCGGUGGGCUGGCGCAGGUACCGAACCAAGACGUCCUCAAUGUGGAGAUGAGGGCGCUUUUCCAGCGCUGGGAUAUCGAAGCUGUCAGUAAGAUCAUCUCGCCGAAUGACCAUCAACGUACCAAGAAUGGCACCGCGACACCGUACGGAGGGUCUUACCGGAUCCGCAUGGGGAAGCAGCUGGCACGACCGACGAAGGUCAUGCGCGAGCAGCUUGGUGUUACCAAGCUUGACCGAGAACGAGGACGCUCGCCGCCGCCAGCCAGAGAUCUCGAAGGCAGCUGGCGGCGGCGAGACUGA